ACUGAAUCCAUGUCGACUAUCCUGCCGAGCGAUGUCACCGACGAUGGCGGCGGCAUGACGUCGAGCGCGUUAUCACAUCGCGACCGCCUGGUGCAAUUCUACACGGAGCAUAAUCCGUCGAAGAUACCCUCCAUUGAGUCCCUCCUGAAAAAGUACGAAGGCGACGAGGAAGCGCUGAUCCAAAAGGUGCACCUGAAGUACGACGUCCGCGAUGUAGUGUCGCAUGAGGCCGUGGACGACUUGUUUGAAAACGAACGGUAUUCCUACCUCACCAUGUCGUUUGGGAGCACGUAUCCAGGGCACUUGCUGGUCCUCGAUCGAAAGCGAUGGAGUCGUGCGAGCGGAAGUCCAUCGUCCCAAGACAUGCAUCAAGUUGAACUCACGCUCCCGGAAGGCUAUGAAUGGACAGGACCGUGGGAGAUUGAUUCCUCGUAUUGCAACUGCGACCGAGAAGGGUGGACAUAUGCCUUUGAUUUCUCCAACUUCAAGUACAUGCUACUCAACGACGAAAGCCACGACACGGCAGGGAUGGCAGACUACGUUCGCCGUCGCCGAUGGAUUCGCCGCCGCCGCCGCCAUCUCCCCUUAUCUCAAGCCGCCCCCGCCGUGCCUUCCACCGAGUCGGAUGAUCCCAUGAACUCUGUCGCAUCCUCCUCCACUUCCCCGUCUCCAGAAGUUCCACUAAUAUCGAGUCCAUCACUUCGAUACUUUCCACCCUCCAUGUCCCCAGCUGAGCUUGAAUCCGCUUGGAUUUAUCAUCUCCAUCAGUUAAGCCAUGCCCAGGCCAAGAUACACCGCGUAAGCACGGCCCGCGUCGUUCGCUGGCGCCUCACCAAAGCCAAACUCCGCGCGCAACUGGCCACUCUACCCCACAAAACACUCCAAUCCAAGCGAGAUUUGGUCCAACGGGCCAUCUGGUUCCCUCAUGAGAAAGGGUACAUCUGGCGCGCCAGCGUCGGCGGCAUGUUCGUCGGGCUAAAGGACUUUUGGGUCGAGCGGCUCGAGCUCUCGUUUUCGCUGACUUGCACGACGUCGCACGUGGUCGUGAUAUUCCACGGAGCGUUCUGUGGCCAGUUCGACGGGGUGAAAGUGAAAGGAGACAAAGGCACGCGGAUUCCAAACGCCAAAUGGACGCAAGUAGACGUGGAUAUGCACUUUCGUGGCCAUUGGAUUUUGAACUACCAACAACAAAACCAUGGGUGGACAUUGGAUCGAUCAAACUCGACUCCCGUAGCGUUUACCGCCAUGGCCAUGCAAUAUCGAGGGGGCCUAGGAAUCCCCGAUGCGUUGGCCCAGCUUGUAUUAGAAGAGAUUGCCACGCAUUACAUCACUCACGUAGUGACGACGUCGCUGCCGUCCGACUUGGCUGAGCUCCUGCUUCGACCUGGUAGUGGUGUCGAGUUGGCAGGGGAAGUGGUCGUGGACGGGUUGGACCUUGCGACAACUGUCCAUGGCUCAUUCCAAGACUCCAAAGAAGAUGCAAAAGAAGGAGAUGAGAAUGUAGCCAGCCAAGUGCUGCAUGUGCUGGGGCUCACGCGGCCGCAGCUGAAUUUGCUCGUUCUGACUCGACAAUACAAAGGCCUAGAUGUUUUAUUUCCGUCGCUGGCUCAGUUUACGACAUAUAUCCGACAACAUACUCUCGACCCAGGGCCACAUGACCAAGACGGGGUCGCUGGGUUGACGGAGAUGUGGGCUGUGACGUGGGAUCGAUUGCUGGAGCUUUUGCUGCUACAGUGUCACAGCCAACCAACAGCCACAUCAGACAAAGUUGCCGCCAUCUCAUUUGGCUCGUUGAUCGACUCUGCCAAACGCCACGCCCUGCAAAAGCAAGUGCCCGUGCGAAUAAAUUUCACUCGACUCAAGUGUCACCUCCACCUACCCACGAUGCUCGCGACGCUGUCGUCGUGGAUGGCCCAUGCAGCAACUUUACGCGUUUCGAAAUCCACGGGAGGCGCUAAAUUGAUGGGAAUUCGCGUGGGUCGGAAACCCUCGUCCCCGUCUCACCCCUCUUGUCCCCAUCAGGACAAUGCGAUUCCACCAGCACUGGGAGAUGUCCAGCGUCUGUUGCAAGCGUUUACAAGUGCCUUGGAGUCUGGCUUUGUGCAGCACUUACACAUGCACAUGGAAGGCAAAAUCACGGGCGGAACCAACAUGAGUGAUGCGUUGAUGCGGGUACAGCUGAAGCAUGUGACACUCGACGCCCGAGGACCCGUCGAUUGGACGUCGUCCCUAGCGUGGGCCAGAUCCAUUGGACGGGUGGUCGUUGUGAGCCCGUCCGACACGUUGCCAUCCAGCGUCACAGUGACGUUUGAGAUGAAACCCCAUGUGACAACGUUAUCACCGUCCAGUGUCACAGAUAUAGUCGACCCUGCGAUAACGGCCACGCUGACCAGCAUCCAGUCAAAAGUGGUGCUGGAUGCGACUCACUUGACUGGUGACGUGGCAGUUUGUACGAUCGACUGUCUCGACCAAUCACCAUCUGUGUGCAAUACAUUUCGCAUGCUCUGGCAUGACGCGCUUCGGGCCAAGUUGAGUGUCGGCGCAGUUCACGUUGUGGCGAAUAUGCGGGCGAUGUGCGACGUGGUGAUGGAUCAAUGGUUGCACCCGUCUACGACGACAUUGCACACGUCCACAAGGCACUGGCUAGCCAAACUCGUGCAGAAAACGCUCAAGUACUGCCUCUCAGAUGCGCUAUUGGUGGCUUGGAGCGUCGAGACCUCGCUAGACGAACACCUCAUGUGGACAUGCGACACCGUUACUGCCGACCACCCGCAGCCGUUGAUGUACUUUGACCAGCUACAACUACUCACGGUCCUCCAUGACGUGGACGAGUUGGUUGCGUUUUCUAUUCACUUGCAAGACAGCCCCACAUGAGAUUGUGUAGGUUUCGACUACUACGGUACUACUGUACCGUCGGAUGAACUAGAUUGGCCCAUCAGUCGUUUUCAACGACAUAACUAUCAUACACCAAACGUGAAAU